AUGAAUAUCUUGAAGAUUAUACCGGUGGCUCCACUCUAUCAUUGGUUGUAUGUUUGGAUAGGAUUCUUGCUCUUAUCUUCAAAAGAAGGGCGAACCGAACCAAAAGUUGACGAGCCCGGUAUCUUGCAGGCUUACGCAAAUUCCAUGAACGUCACAAAUAUGGCAUGCGGAAUCGGGCAGUCGUGUGAUGUAGGACAGGUGAGUGUCAACCACACCACCUCACAGACCGCAUUGUGCAGUGGAGCACAAGCCCCGGCAUGGUAUAUCCUGGUAGCUACCCAGAACUGGAACGAUCUCAUGAAUUCGAUAUACACAUCCAUCGCAUUUGCUGGGACGCGUGCAGGAGAUAGCGCCUGCGAUGGUCACAGAUCUGAGCCCACCACGAAGCGCCACAAUAAUCAAAACUGCCACGUAAAUUCCCUUCAUCAACUUCAAGCUCAGCUGUUGGCUUCCAGUACAGGAAUAGUCCCUGGUUGGGUCUUUCCCGGUUGUGGAAUAUGGGUAUAUUUAACUAUCCAAGGAUUUCUAUACACUACAGUUUCAGAGAUUGGACUUUGGCAGAAUACGAUGCGUGAUCCUCCAGAUGUGAUUAGCGGAUAUACAAAGUGGGCAGAUUUUUCCUGGACAUUGUCGAUGAUGCAAGAUCGUACACAACAGAUGAUUGCAAACUACACGCUUGGAGUCUUACAAGCUGGUAUAAGUACGCAAAAGGGAAUGUAUGGCGCUUUGCAGAAUGGUGCAUUUUUGGAAGCGCCACUGAGUCCUCCAGAAUCAGAGGCCUUGAACGCAUACGAACGGGUUGUUACAUUGCGGCUUCUCUCGGCUGUAUUGAAAUCUCAGAGUAUCUUUAUCCUCCGAGGAAGUGAUCCAUGUGAUCAUUCAGGACCUAACGGGGCUUUUGAUGGUCCAUCAGUUUUGUCUUAUUGCGACAAUACCGGAAUAAUGAUGAAUAUAGUACAAGCAGAUGGAACUAAAACAAUCAAGAAAUUCUUCGGUAGCUCAAAAAUUGCUGCUAAAUACGGUUUCACACCAGAAUUUUUGACCACAGCGGCGUGGAACUGUCAGAAGAAGUACGGAAAAUACGAGUACGAUCCAUAUGCUGAAGCGGGUUUACCACUGGAUAUUAACACGGAGUGUAUCUUCAAUCUUCCGGUCUGCGAUUGCACAGAACAGGACCCAAAAUAA